UGCGCUUCUCGACGAGAGCGCCGCGAUACCAUUAUCAUUAUUAUUAUUAUUACUACUACCACCACCGCUAUUACUGUCACUACUACUGUGUGUGCGCGCCUUUUUUUCUUCUUCCUUUCCGUUUGUUAUUAUAUAAAUACCGCGCGCGCGCGCGUGAUAGCGACCAGAUACAUCGCGCGUAUACCGUUUUUGAAUAAUAAUAUCAGUGCGUCCGACUGCGUACCGUGCCACCGCGUCGAGCGACGAUUUUCGCGUAUUUUCAUUCGCGAAGAAUAAACGCGCGCACCGGAACAGCGCCACGAACGUACGGCGGCGACGGCGGCGGCGGCUGACGACGAUAGACGCGAUAUAAUUGCGCCGCGGCCGUUCUCCGUGUAAACAAACGGCUAAAUAAUACGGUUCGGGACGCACCGGACUGAGGUGCGCACACACCGCGGCUACGUUUCGACGGCAUCGUUGUUGGCACGACGUUACGCGACAACAAGCAACGGGAUAGCAACAGCGACACAGUAAAACAGUCCCGUCCAUUUUUGCCGCGCACGACGGCCCGACUGUGCUCGUGGUUAUGGACGUGGUGACGGCGGUGGCGGACGCGAACCAGACGACGACGAACGCAGCUGUCGCCGUUUCGACAGCCCACCCGGCUGCCGCAGUGGCCGUCCGGACAACCGUAGCGUAACGCGCGCCGGCCGUUCCGGUUCCGAUCUCGUAUUAUCACCGUCGCCCGGAGGAUUCGACCCCGUGCCAAACGCGUCACAGGUAACGAGACACACCGUAUGUUUAUGUUUGCACGCGUGCAGUUAGCGUCCGCGUGCGUCGGCACUCGAUUAACCCGGGCGGUCCGUCCGUAAAUCCCCGCGGCUACCGGACCGGCAACGCGUGCACCGGUUUUUUGGGUUUCGCGCGGCGGCACGAGCGAGGAUCCGGCAAUACGGUACCGCGUACGCGUAUUGCGGAUAUCAUUGAGAUCGGCCGACGGUCCGUUUUAGUUGGUCGGUAGGCGAAAAUAUCGGUUUCCCGUAACGCACUUCGCAACACUUCGGACACAGUCUCGGGUACCGGGUCGCACGACGAUACACGCGCGCGUUAUUAUACGUAACACAUCGACCGACCGACCGACCGACCGACCGACCGGCCGUCCAUGUGUACGAUACGUGUACGUACGUUCGGCGUCCCGAUUUGCAUGCGGUGUCGCGAUGUGUUUUAAACACGAGUCACCCGUACACGCUUGAAGCGCUCGGAAAUUAAAUCGAAAUCACUAAUAUGUUCUGAAAAAUAGAGAUGUCCGUACAGCGCACGUAAUGUAUACAUUUCCUAUUCAUUCUUAACAUAUAAAUGAAAACAGACAAUUCCUAUUACAUUUCGAUAAGAAAACAACCUUUUUUUUUUUUUUUUUCUUAAAUAAUUACGAUAAAAUUAUACGGUUAAGUGGCAUUUAUUAUUUUCAAACGAAUACUUGUUUCGUGCCAUCAAAUGUAUAAUUCAGUUCUGUAACACAUUCUGCAGUAUGAUUAUCCAAUCCCGAACCGACGAUCCAAAUUACGUCUACGAAGAUUUCGCAUGAACACUAUUAUGACCGGAUAUGUUUAUUUCUUUUUGUAAUAUAGGGGAUGUUAAUCAACGACUUUGAGAGGUACCUUUUUUUGUUUUUUGCUUAUUUAUUUUUUUCUUGUUACUCGUGUCCCACAAACAUAUGAAACAUAUGCAAAUGACAAUAUUGAUAGCCGAUAACGGAUAAAUGCACUUUAAAGUGCAGUAAAUUUAGAUAUUCUGAUAGUAUAUUGAUAUUAUUGGACGUUUUCGUAGUUUUUGUAGUAAUAGAAAAACGUGAGAAAUAAGAUUGAAUUGAAAUCAUGAAAAAGGGAUUGAAGUGGGACGUUCAAUAAAAAUCGGGUUACAUUUUAUCAUCCUUACUAAACUUGAAAACUUAACGUGACAUCCAUUAAAAAAACGCUUCAAUCCCUCCUAAAUCUAGACGCCUAGUCACACAAGUACUAUACGUCUAGACUUUUUUUGUUAGUCGGUUUCAAAAUUACAUCUUUAUUAUGUAUACCGUAUAAACGCCUGCACAUAUUUAAAUAGUGACCUGCAUUUUUUUUUUGCCCAUGUUCGAAAAGACAAUUAUUUUCUACAAAUGUAUAGACCCGUGUUAUCUAAGUAGGCAUACACUGUUAUCGCCGUUUUUGAAAUAGUACCGUUUAUACGAGUAUAUGGAAUUUUCUAACCAGAGUUCAAUAAUAUUAGCGGCUAUUUUGACAAUGAAUAAUAUACAAUUAUAUUAUUAUGUGUGCAUAACAUUAUGUACGCACUCGUAUGAUCAUCAACGGUGAAAAGAGACGUGAAUACGUGAUUAUUGUGUUUGUUAAUUCACCGACCCGGAUUUGUUUGUUUAUUUUAUGCACUUGCAAUAUGAAGGUUAAAAGGUCGACGGAUUUUGACGAAAGUUUACCUGAAUGAAAAUAGUUGGUUUACGUAUGAGCGGUUUACCGAAAAACAACAAACUGCAGCUGUGAACUUUUUAAUGCGAUCUUCAAAAACAAUACAAGACACGUUUUAAAUAGAGUAUUUUUUUUUUUGUUUUUCCAUUGUUUACUAUAUAGGUUUCCCGUCCGUUUUGUGUUAAACAAAGCAAUUUAAUCAUGUUAAUUUCCACGUACUUAUACAACAUUAUUAACCUGACUGAUAUAUUUUUACCCUGCUACAGCCCGGGCGUUCAUUAACCAUAAAUAAAUUAGUACUGUCACACCCGAAAAGUAAUGCAUAUUGUAUAAUUAUACACGCAUAAUAUUAAUUUAAAUUAAUAUUUGUACAUAAUAUCGUAUUAUGACUGUACAAAAUCAAAUUAAAAUCAUCCCAGCUUUGAUAAAAAGUUUUUGAUUAAAAUAUUUUUUUCUCCGUAUUACGCGAUUGUGUUUAUUUAUUAUAAUUGCUCUGUUUUUCUCUUUCUGUCUCUCUUUCUCUCUUUGUAGAAUACAAAUUAAUAUCUUUGAUAAAAAAAAAAAAAAAAAGUUCUAUAUCAACAUCGUAUAGUCAGGAUUUUAUUAUUGGAAAAGUUUUUGUGCGUAAAAGAUAUUAUAUACGUAGGAGAGAAAACUUGCAGUUAUAUUAUAUACUAUUAUACAAUACCUGCACUUACAUUGUACGUAUACGAAAGAUUUAGUUUUAUACACAGAUUUAAAGGAUCGUAUUUUCAAAACUUGUUUGUUUUUUUUUUUUAUUCGACUCGUGUAAGUUUUAAGUACCUAUUCAAUUAAAAUUCACGAAAUUGACUACAUAGGUACUGUACACAAUAUGAUAUUUUACUAUAUAGUAUAUAAAUAUACUAUUUUGAUUUUAAAUAAUAAAUAGAAUAAAUUAUUUCAUACCUAAUCUAUUCAGCUACACGUAUAAAAAAAAAUUAGAUUAAAAUUGACAUACUUUUAAACUUUACGGAUUAAAAUCGGUUUAACUCGCUUAUAGAGAGAUCGAGUAAACUUUUUCAAUUAAAAUUUUUUUGAAUCUCAUUUCGAUAUUAUAGGCUUCCAAUAAAAUAUUCUCAUAUAUAUAUUAUAUUGUAUAAAAAAAAGCUGACAGUUGCUUAUAAUGAAACAAGAAUAGAUGUUCUUACGUAUUUAAUGUUUACAGGAGAACAAUAUCCUCCUACAUUAAUCGAGAAAUAAAAACGUUAACCAUAGGUAGUUAUAGCGGCGGAUUAAGUGAUUUGCCGGCUACUAACAGACAGAAAUUUUCUUUCCCUUAGCUAUCGUUAUUUUUAAAAUUAUUAUUUUUUAUUUAAAAUAAAUAUAAAGUAGGCAGCCAUAAAACAUGUUUGGUAAAAAUAAUAAUUAAUACAAGUGGUGAAAGGCAAAAAAAAAGAACAGUUAAAUUAAUUAUAAUAUAUAUGACAUAUUAGUAGGCACUGUACAUUAAAAAGUCAAAACUUUGACGUGAGAAACAUUUUAACAUAAUAUACAGAGUAAAUUAUUUAUAUACAUAACAUAGUUAAUUUUUGCUAAAAAAUUAAACAAAAUCUCAAAAUCAUUUGUAGAAUAAAAUUAAAUUUCGGAACUUGUUACAAUGAUUAAAAUGUGUAGUUGUUCUAGCAAUUGGUUUAGGUUAGGUACAAUAAUUUCUGUGUUUUUUCGUUAAUUUCUUUCCAAUCACAUUAAAAAUUAAUAAGGAUAUAGCCUUCGGUUAAUUGUUGGUAUUAUUUUACAUUGAUUAUCAUAAAAAUACUAUAAAAUUAUAUCAUUGAUAUGAGAUAUCGAAAAAAAAACAACGAGAACACUGUUCGUGGUAUAAAAAAAGUUCGUUCAAUUAUUAGAAGUGGCAAAAUUAAAGUUCCUAUUAUUUUCAUAAUCGUAUUACAAGUGAAUUCGUAGAGUAAUUUACUGAGUGGUUUCUCAGUAUAUAUAUAGCUAUAUCUAUAAUAAUACAAAUAAUAUAUAAAUCACUUAUUUAUUGACUAAAUAUUAAAAUACAUAAGAUUAACUUUACAUCGUACCUAUAGAUUAAAUUUCUCUAUAUAUUCAUAUUUAUUGUCCAGCUCUGAACUGAUAAUUGUACAUUAUUAAACGUCACAUAAAAAAAAAAAAAAAAAUGAAAUCGUGGUUAAUUUCAUCGAUUCGAAUUUAGUGUUUCAGUUUUCCCGAGUUAGAUUCUAGAAAAUAUAUUACAGGUAACAUUUAAUUUAAUUUAUCUCGCACAAACUUAUUCCAUUGAUUGGUAUUACCUUAUUGAUUAUUACGAUUAUCUGUUAGAAACAAGAACGAUUUUUUUUUACAGUAUAUAUUUUCCGUACAACAUUGUUGCCAAAAAAAUAUAACAACCGUGGAUAAUCAAUAUCGAAACUAAUAUAGUUAGGUACCUCAGAAUUUAAAUGUAUUUGAAAAUAAGUUAAUACGUUUGUUUUACUUUAUUUUCGAGAUAAAAUAUAUAGAUUUCAUAUUUGCAAAAAUAUUCAUUUAAAAACGGUGUACGAUAAAAGUAGAUUUUGGAGUAUAACUUUUAACUUAUAAAUAAAACCAUCAGAUAUAAAUCAUACAUAUAUAAGAGAUUCAUAUUGUUAUUUUGGCCUUUGGGUGUAUACAAGUAUAUAUGAAAUAAUGUAGUAUAUAUACACGAGCAUUGCUUUUAUGGUUUUAAAUACAUAAAACAUCGUACAUUACGAUUAAGAUUUCUUACAAUUGUGAGCACAACAAUAGUAUAAAAACAUGUUAUAUUUUAUUCAUCCGGAUAUAAUAUAUGCUGUAUAGACACAAUGUUUUAUCACGAUAAAAUAAUAAUGUAUAAAUGAAAAAGUUUAGUAAUAUGUAAAUACGAUACGCAUUUAAAUCUCACAUUAAGGAUAUAGCAGUUUAACUUCAAGACCGUAUCUAGGGGGGUGGGGGUUUAAAAUCUCCCCGAAAUAUUUUCAAAAGUAUCGUUUUUAAUGAAAAUAUUAAAAAAUAGAUGAUUUAAUUGAAAAAACUUCUCAAAAAUUUGGUUCAGCUAUGGCCUUGAGUUUAUACAAUUUGAAAACGAUAUAGUAAAAAUAUUAUUUCGAAUAUUUAUAUACAAACACAAUUUUAAAAUAUCAUCAUCAAUUAUUCCAAAUAAUUAAUGACUAUAUAAAUGAUAUACGUAACAUGGUAUUUAAUUUUUAUUGCAUUAUGCAUCCCGUAAAUCCUCCAAUGAUUACAUUCCAUAAGAAAUUAUGUAUGAUUCAUUAUUUUAUUAUGAUGACUAAUUCAAAAAGACGUCCUAGCAUAAUGGAGACGGGUGUACCAACUGUUAUAGGUAAUUCAAUGUAUACCUGUAAGCAACGACCGACCAUUGCUUACGAAAAAACGAUUCUGAGCGGUGAUCAUUUGACAGUGACGAUUUUUCAACAAUAUAUCUGCCAUGUUAUAUUAAAAUAAUUUAGCAGGCUCUGUAUAUUUUCUUUAAAAUACUUAUUUAAUGUUGUACCGAUUUCCCCGGUUUUCCUACGUUUUUCCUAGAUUUUCAAAUUUGCUGAGAAAAUUCCGAAGAAAAUCUAAAAAACAAUCUCAUUUUAGGUGCUUCCCCCUCACCGAUUUCCUUUCAGAAAAGUUGCUACACGUAAAAAUCAGAGCAAGUCCUCUGGUAUAAAAGUUGUCCAUAGAAAAAAAAAAUAUAAAAAAUAAACAUCUUUGUAAAACCAUAAGCUUCUUCGCUCCUUUUAGAAUCCAAAACUAAAUACAUAUCCAUGUAUACCUGAUAGCUAUAUACUUUUAUAAAAUUAUGUAAUAUAUCCACGUUAAACACGAAAACCGCUUUUUGGUUGCGUGAAUCCUCAAAUUCAUAAAGCAUUAAAAUAUUAUAGUUUCAGGUUAAUAUAAAAUAUUUUUAAAAACAUCGUUUGGCCAUGUCAUGAGAAAAAAUUCCAUUUCCAGUCUUCUAGUAUCAAUGCUUUUAUAUAGUUGAUUCAAAAAUAUCUUUGGUUCAAAAAAAAAAAAGGUUUAGAAGGACACUAAACUUGUAUAUGCCAUAUAUGGUUUGUAAACGCACAACUAAGCAGAACCACUGUUGUGGUUUUAGUUUUAAUAUUAGAGUAAAUUUAACUAUUAUCUAACUUAAAGGUGAGACCAUAAUCUGUUAUUUGUAUUUUAUUUUUGAAUUAAAUACAUAAGAAUUUUGAAAUUAUAAUAUUUCACUCACUCAUAUAUAGCUUAAAAAUUAAAAUAACAAAAAACCAAUAUACAAGCACAAAUUAAGUACUUACUUUGUCUAUCUCUGUCACAUUUUUCAAUCGUCUACGUUUCAGAACUGUAUAAUAAAAUUCGCUAAAUGUAUGGUUUUAUUAACUUAUUUUUGAAGUUAUACUCAGAUGUUUAUUGAAGUAUCUUUUUUGUUUAUCAAAAGUUUAUUUCGUUUAUUUCUUAUUUCCUUUAUUUUAAUUUGUUAUCAAGCUACCUAAAUAACAGAAUUAAUUUACUUGUUGAAUCCGUCCAUUGCUGAGUGUUAUUUAUUAUUUUAUUGUUAAUACCUAAGUAAUGAAAUAAUAACCAUAGUUUUUGUUUUUGUACAGUUAAUAUUUUGGUAGAAACUGAUUAGAGCCAAGUCAAUGAAAUACAUGUGGUAUCAAAUUUAUCUUUUUAUCGUUAUAUGUUAGAUGAGCGAUAUCAUCUGCAACAUGGAUGGAUUUAAUUUGGUACCUAUUUAUCGAUAUACCACUAGAGUGAUAUUUUAUCUUAUUAAUUACACGUUUAAUAAAAAUAAUUAAAUAAAUAUGGAGACAAAGUAAACCUUGCUUUUUUCCUUGACGAAUUAUCGCUUUCUUUUUACUUCCAUUUACUUUUAUUUUAGUGGUUUAUGCCUUAUACGAGUUUAAGAUUAAUCGUCUGUCUUUUGAAUUUACUCUGACUUUUUUUUGAGCGCUGAAUGGAAGUUUCCAUUCUACGUUAACAAAAGCUUUUUCCAAGUCAACAAAUGCUCUUAGCGUUGCUCUGUUCACGUCAACUCUUCUUUCUAGCAAUUGUCUCAAAGCUAAAUUAUUUUCUCGCGUUCCUUAAACAAAAUUAGUCAUUAUCAAGAUUCUUUUCAAUAAGAAUCUCUUAUUAAAAAUACCUACAUAUUUUUUUAAGAACUUUUAUUGCACCAAAAAAUGUAAAUAUUCCUAAAAUAAUGUAAAAAAUUAUAUUUUGAUUUUACAUACCUAAAAGUAAAUAAUUUUUUUGGAGUCUUUGUUUAUAUUUUUGAUUUGCAUUGUAUAAUUAUUUACGUAGAUAUAAAUUAUUGAUACGUCGUUAUAUUAUAAUCUAUCCAUAAUUAUGUACGAUAUAUAAUAACCUAACGGCCGUCCUAACGAGCAAUGACAUUCCGUCAUUAUUAUACAGUUUCACAGUUGUUUACGUAUAUUAUUGUGAUCUGAAAUUGGAAACUGCAGACGUCAUUACAAGGGAAUUUAAUGAUUUUUGUGUUCAAAUACGACAUUAUAAUAUUAUUUAGAUUAUGAUAUCACGGUAUAGUGUUCGUGUUUAACCGAGUAAUAUUAGUGACGGUGACGCAAUACCGUAACGUCCGUCAGUAAGACAUUAAACAAAUACAACAAAAUAAACGUUAAUUUAUAGAGUUUAAAACAGUAGAUUUAAAUUAAUCAAAUAUUAUACGUAUAAAUAUUUCACUUAAUAACAGACACCGUUAAUCAGUAAAUAUUGUGAUUAUUUUUUCGGUAUUCCUCCAUUGUCAAGAAAAGUAUCUAUACAAAAAAAAAUGACCUUUCCCAAUGCACUUACCGGAUACAAUUAUCUGUUCGACGGCACGUUGUUUUUACGAUUUUCAUCGAAAUUCGCACAUUAAACGAAAAAAACCGUUACAUUGCUAUCUACUAUUUUUUUUUUUUUUUUUUUUUUUAUUAUUUAAAAAUGACCGGUUUUUACGAAAUACGCGUUUGGAGUUUCCGGACCUGUAAGAUAAACGUCAAUUAGUACCCGGUGUACGCUUCUACUACCCGCACGUGAAAAAACCGCAAACGCAAUAACUUUGGCGCAGAGCGUUUACAAGCGCGCGGCGGUGUAUUUUUUUGCGCGUAUACGCGCGCGAGGAAAUAUCGCGAACCGGAGGAUGCCCGUGACAGCGGCGGCGGCGGCUUGUCGCGCAAUCAAAACUAAAACUAUAUAUUCGUAUAAUUCAUUUUUCGCAUAAUCGCAUAAAGGUUACGCGUGCGACGAGGUACACGCGAUAAUAUUAUAACGCGGCACAAUGGACGGCGUCGCCGGCGAAAGUUUACCGACGACGACGGAGCGGGGGCCAAUGGGAUUGUAUUAUCGUUUUGCGCAUUAUGCCGGGGAAUUCCGCCGAAUCCCGGUAAUAGGGGCGACGUUUCCGAACAACCGUCCGACCGUAAUAAUACAAUACAUUUCGCCGCCGCGCCCGCAGAUACGGCCGGGGGUGGGCGCGAACAUUCUUCGAUAAUCUGUUCGCGCGCUUCUGUCUCUGUUAUGCGUGACCGGCGCGCAAAACGUUUAACGCGCAAUACCCAUCCACGUCACUUUUUGUUCGAAAAUUGAAAAAUAAAAAAAAACAAAACGACAAUACGCGCGCGCGGUGCGGUACCGUAAUUGUUAUACGUCACAUGUGACGUAUAACAAUUGUAUACACGCGCACGUCGGGGUUUUCGUUAGUUUUGAAGUUACAGAAUUCGAUGCGGCAACGUUCAAAGUUCAUUCCAAUAUUUAUACAAAUGCGUGGCCAAGAUUGAUCAACUCUAAGACGUGCCUCAAAAGGGUCGAAUAUUUAGACUCGGGGAUAGUUUUUUGGUUGGUUCUAAUUAUUUCGAAAACCGCUCUGCUUACGAAUAAGUGUACAGGGUCAAUGGUGAUCAAAUUUUACACGUGUUAACCGUGUAUUCAUAUGCAAAGUCGAAAAUCUGCAGCCCUAUCUGUUGAUACAAACCUGCAGAUAGCAGUAUUAUCAUGUUUGAUUUGCUCUAAGGAAAUUGUAUUGUAGUGUCCUGAUAAACCUAAAACCUAGUCGAUGAAAAAUCACGGCCUGUUUAAAUCGAACCGACGGAGAAAUGGAAAAACCACGUCGGUUGGGACAAGGGGUUCUAUAAGUCGAUUCGUUCAGUCUACGGCUGAUGCAAAUAAACGUGUACACUUAUUACCUCCAAAAGUAUUCGCCUUUCUCGGAGUUUGUUUUAUAGAACAUUUCGGAAACAAGUAGCUCUACAAUAUAACAUUUGUGUUAUUUUUCUUCGCCCUUAUUUUCGGGGGUAAAACCAACGAAACUGCUACUCAACUCGUCAACGGUUUGACGGGAUCGAAAUAAAAAAUUCCACCACAAAAAUUUAUUUUGACUAAUACUCCAUAUAUGUAUGGUAUUUUAAAAAUAAUUUGCCGUCUGAAAAUCAAUAGUAUGUAGUGGUUGUACCCUCGAAAAUUAGGGCGAAAAAAUAUAACGUAAACGUAAAAUCGUAGUGCUGCUUGUUUCUUAAAUGUUCUAUAAAACAAAUACGGCAAAAAGUUAAUACUUUUCGAGGGGAUAAUGUGCGUGUCCGUUCAUUAUUUUAAACGAAAAACUCUGUUCAUCGUCGUGCAUCCAUAAUAUGCGCAGGGUGGUUAUUCCGUUGUCGUGGGCCGGCUUUAAUCUUUUCAUGUCUACAGAGAUUUCGCGCGGCUAAAAUAAAUUUGAUUUCGGUCGCAGGUGUUAGCGGGAACGCAGUAGCGGACGACAGUGGACGACAGCAGUUGCUGAGACGACCGCGACGACGACGACGACGCGGACGACUACGUCGCCGGCGAGGACAUGCCGGAACAGAGCAACGAUUACCGUGUCGUGGUGUUCGGGGCGGGCGGCGUGGGCAAGAGCUCGCUGGUGCUCCGGUUCGUCAAGGGCACGUUCCGCGAGUCGUAUAUACCGACCAUCGAGGACACGUACCGUCAGGUGAUCAGCUGCAACAAAAACAUAUGCACGCUUCAGAUCACCGACACGACGGGCUCGCACCAGUUCCCGGCCAUGCAGCGGUUGUCCAUGUCCAAGGGCCACGCGUUCAUACUGGUCUACUCGUGCACGUCCAGACAGUCGCUAGAGGAGCUCCGGCCUAUAUGGCAGGUCGGUACAAUUUGUACAUCAUGAAUAUAUAUAUAUAAAAAAAAACUAAAAAUACUUAAUGGAAAUUUAAAUAAGCUCGUGAUUCAGUGGCGUCAUUUCAGUUUUCCAAUAGACGUGCACAGGGUCAGUUUUAGCCUCAACCAGGCCAUUUAUAAUCCGUUCCUGUUUUGAAUGUGUUUUUAAAAGCGAGCCGGAGGGGUCGCUAUAUUUGAAAAUCAAAAGUUGAUACGUGAUUGUUUGUAUGCCGGCGUACACGGAAUACGUAAAAUGUUUAAUAAUAUUGUAAAUUGAAUCAUUAUACCGAACGAUUCUUAAAUGACUAAAACAAAAAAAAAAAAAACGAAAAUCAAUUUCAUUUAAAUCUUAUUCGUACAUAUAUAUGUAUAUAUAUAUAUAACCACCGGAUAGUAAGGUAAAAACAAAUCACCCGGUUACUGUUUUUAAAAAAAAAAAAACUAUUUCCAAUAUAUGUAAUAAUAAAUUAUGUUCGCAAAAAGAAGGGUUAGUUGUGGGUGGACCUUUAAGUGCUCUUUUAUCUGAAAUUUAUAUGCAAAACUAUGAAACUAAUGAUGUUGUCAACAACAAAAUAUACAGUUCAUAAAUAAAAUCACACUGUAGAUAUAUUGAUGUCACUUUAAUUUUAUUUAGAGGUUCAAAUAGACAAGCAGAAAAUUUAGUUAACUACUUAAACAAAAUAAAUAAAAACGUAAUCAAUUUAAUUUCUUAGAUCUUACAAUUUCCAUAAUAAAAAAUAAAUUUGAUUUUAGUAUUUACAGUGAACCUACACAAACUGAUUCUAUAAUAUCACAUGAUUCUAAUCACUCUUAUUCUCAAAAAUAUCAUUUUUUAAUUCAAUAUUCUAUAGGCUUGGACGAAUUCCAUUAAAUAAACAUAAUUAUCAAUACAAGCUCAAUGUUAUCUAUAAUUAGCCCAUAGAAAUAAUUUCAAUUUAAAUAAUAUUAAAAAAAAUGCAUAAACGUAUUAAAGAAAAAAUAAAUCACCUAAAUGAUGUUAUUAACUAUUAUAGUAUGAAUUACAAAAAUAAUAUGUCCAACGAAUCCGUUAAAAUUCUGAAGAAGAAUACAAAUAAUGUAAAAAUCGAUUUUAAUACUAAUAAUAAUUUAAUCAAACCUAUAAACAAUAGAACUAAAAACUCCAAACAAAAUAUCCCUAUUAUUUGAUUUAUUCUUAUAAAAUGCUGGUAUAUAUAAACUUAAAUGUAAUUGUAAUUAAUUUUAUGUUGGUAAGACAAAUAGAAAUUUUAAAAUAAGAUAUAAAGAAAACAUUUCUGAAAUAAAAUUCAAAAAGACUGCCCUUAAUUCAAAUUUUGCUAAACAUGUUUUAGAAAAUAACCAUAAUAUAAAUUUUGAUAUUAAUACAGACUUAAAAAUAUUAAAUACCCAAAAUAACAUUUACAUUAAUUCAAUUUUAGAAGAAUUACAUAUAAAAUAUGAAAUAAAGAAAAAUAAUUUAUAUUUCUUAAUAUAUCUAUGUUUAAUGAUAACUCAUUUUAAAUUGAUUUUCAAACAUUUUUAGCUUUGCCCCCCCCCCGAUCCCCCCCAUUUAAAAAUUCUGGCUACGCCACUAACCUAGUGUAUUAUAAUGUUAUAAUGCUGAUUUUCGGAUUUAAAUUUUUUUAAGCGUAGUUAAAGUUGAUAUUUUCGAACACUUAGGUUUUUCACAGAAUUUAAGGAGUAUCCUGUGGCGAUAUUAACUUUUGUUUUUCAAAUAAGAACCUUAUAUACUGAAAAAUUCCAUAUAUAGAUGGAAUAUUAGUUAAAAUACAUUUUUGUAUUGAGAUUUUUGAUUUCGUCCACCCGUUGACGAUUAAUUUCACUUUUGAGUUUGGGUAGGGUUAGAGUGGUGAUGAAUUAUGAAAAUGCUGCUCACCGUACUGCUCUACAGAAAUUUUGAUUGUUAGACUAUUAUCUUUGGUAUUUUAAACCGGAUAACUUAAAAUUAUUUUUGAAAUUUCGAUUUUGAUACGUCAACAGUUUCAGAAAUUAUUUCUUAAUAAUGUUGUGAAAAAUCUGAGUAUUCGAAACUAUCGGCUUGUUAAGCGCACUUAAAAAUGCUAUAAUAAUCAGAACAUUUGAUUAUGAAAAAUUAAAAAUUUAACGAUAAAAAUUGCGUGAGCGUGCUUAAUGAAUCACGCUGUAUGUUCGCCGCGGCCGUGGCCGCGUCGGUCCGUUCAAUUAAUAACGAAACGCGCUAGAAAAACGUCGACGGUCGUUUCAAAAAUCGUUUAGAUUAUUAUUAUUACUAUACAUUUAUAUAUGAUAUGCCAGGCGGGCAACCGAUUAAUUUUAAAACGGAAUACCGGGAGUUCCGGUUUCUAUGGGUAACGCGCGCGAGGCAUUCGUUUCGCUCCGGGCGAACGUUUUAUGCGAGUAUAUAUAUUUUCGCGAGGUAUGCCCGGGGGAAAUAAUAUUCGGUAUAUAUAUAUAUGUACGAAAGAAAUUUUCGCAUCGAGCAUCAUGCACGAGGCUAUAUAUAUUUUCACAUUAUUAGGUGGAAUUUUUUUUUUUUUUUUCGUGAAAAACUGAGGAAAAGAACCUACCUACUGCUUUUAAAGAAGACUAAUAUAUAUGUUUACGUGUGACGACGUACGAUUUUCUUCUCUAUAGUGUCCGGGGUAUGGUGAAUAAUUUCUUGUCCGCUCAAUUUACUCGAUUGAAUGAUCUCGUUACUAUAAGAAUAUCCCCUCAGAUAAUUUUCAGUCACCUUUUUGUUCGGCUAACCUCAGCUUCACUGGCAUUCGUCUGUAUCGUAUCACUCUUAACUCUAUCUAUGUAUUUUCAAGCCUCGGCUAUGCCAUAGUGUUUCUCCUUCUCUCGUGUCCACCAUCAUCUCAAAUCUCAAUAUCUGUUCUCUCCCAAUAAUGUUAAAAAUAUAUCUAUUUUAUUUUUAUUUUUUUGGAAUUCACAAUACAUCACCGUGUAGCCACACAGCUCUAUAAAGAGUUUUGACUGCCGUUAUCACCUACCUCUAACAAUCAUGAUCCCGUAUCCUCUCCGUCCAAAUCAAUUACGUUCAGUCUCUUCAGAUAUUGUCAUACUCAAUCCAUUUAUCGGUCUUCUUUGGCCUGCAUCUGAGCCUUCUUUAUGUUGUUUACCAUUAAAUCAAUGCUCUACGUCCAUUAGUUUCUUCUUCUGAUUCUUUGUCCUUUCACCUUCUCAUAACUUGUUAUGUAACGUACUUUGGUCAUUUAUCUUAUUUCCACGGUUUUUCUUCUACAUUAGCUAUUUGGUGCGUUACCGUAUAUCGUUGAACACGAGGCUUACAAACAAUUAGUUUACAAUUGAAUUAAAAAAUGUGCACCCCGAAACGGAUGAAUUGAACUUGAACUUUGGUAUACAGCUGGUUUUUGAAACGGCCGUAUUAUAUAUACGAGUACUUAUAUUUGCUUACAUUAUAUAUUUGCAUGUACACAAUAUAGACUAACGCGUGGUGCGGUACCGGGAAACGUCGAGAAAAUCGUAUUAUUUCGGUUCUAUAUACGUGACAUGGGCAUUAACCGUGUAGCGACGUGUGUCCCGGCGGGACUGAUGCCGAACGAGGAUAAAUUUAUUAUUCAAUUUUUUCUCCCUCUCUCUUUCUUCGGGGACGUACAUUUUUAUUUAGUAUCGAAAAUAAUAUUAAAAGUAACAGCGUUUUUCCCUAUAUUUUUUUACUACAUUAUUAUAUUAUAAUAUAUCAUUUAAAAAAUAGAUAACCGCCAAAAAAAAAAAAAAAUUCUCGUAAACCUUUUUAUAAUGAAAUUAUACAAUACCUAAUAUAGUAACGUCACUCAACUAUAGAUAAAUAGUUGGUUUAAAUGAGAUAAAUAACAUUUUAGAGUUUACAAAUCACAAUUACGAUAAAACCGCCAGGCAGUGAUAACUAAUAAGUAAUAUCGCGGUUAGUAGUGGUUGACGGUUGGUUUGGUUUAUUGGUUAUUUAAUGAAAAAUUGAGCAUCCUCAUGGGUUAACAUUUAAUUAAAUACAUUUCGUUUUCAGCUUAUCUAUAAACACAGCACGUCUAUCAUCUAAGUAAAUCAAAAAGAAAAUACUGUAACUACCAAACAUCUAGUGCCCGAGAUUUAAGCAAAUAUCUGAAAAUAUAUCUAAAUUAUGUCCUUUAUAUUUCAUCGAACUUUAUAUUUAUAUGUCGUAUUAUAGGUAGUAGAUUUUUUUUUCAGUGAGAUAUGGUUUAUAAGCUCUUGGCUAAUAAAUUAUAAUAUGUAGUUUUCGUUUAGAAACAAUUAACUAGAAGACAAAAAGAAACCAACAAACGAAAGCGCAUUAGUAUAGAGAAAACAAUUAAAGUUUUUUCAUCAAUGCGACAUUUACUGGGUAAGUUUUACUCGGUUUUAGAGUAGAAACACUUAUAAUACCUAUUUAAAACGCAUUAAUUAUUGCAAAAAAAAUUAUUUUGUCUUGAAAAAUAGGACUUCUUAAUGUCUUACUUUAUAAACACUUCCACUCGGCAUUUGAAAUAAUGUGUUGUUUGUUUUUAUGUCUUAAAGUGUCCAUUAAGUCGCGUAUAACUGUUGGAACAACUUUUACACGUAGUUUUUAUUUCAACUCUAUAGGUCUACAGGUACAAUGAUUUACAUGCAUAGUUUGUAUACAAACAAAAAAAAAUACACUUUGAAUCUAAAAGAAUAAAAGAGGAAAAUAUUAAAAAAAAAAAGACGUCCCAAGAUAAUGGAGACGGGCGCAGUCAUUGUUAUAGGUAAUUUAAUGUAUAUCUGUAAGCAACGAUAAACCAUUACUAACGAAAAAAUGAUUCUGAACGCAGUUCAGUUGAUAGCGAUGCUUUGUUAACAACAUAUAUGUCGUAUUAUGAUAAAAUAAUUAAAUAGGCAUUAUGUAUUUCUUUUUAAUAAUAGUUGUUUAAUAUUGUGCCGAUUUUCCCGUUUUUCUUACGGUUUUCUCUGUUUUCUCAGAAUCUAAAAAUAGAUAAUAUAAUAUAAUAUAUGCACCUACUCUGCAUUUUGCUAUAUUUUAAUGCGUAGGCGGCUGCCAGAAUUUAAUUAAGCUCUUCUUGUUGAAAUUGCAGACCUGAGGUAUUUAAUAGAAUUUCGUCGAUAAAUAAAGUUUGAAGAAAAUCGUUAACGUUUAUUAAUAAGUUUAUGUACUGUAUAUAAUGAUAAAACCAUUGCGAACGAAAAAUGCGAACACGUAUAUCUUAAAACGAUGCAAGUAUCUAUAAACAGAAAUCAGCUAUAUAAGUGCCGUAGACAGGGAUACACUAGGGUUAUGUGUCCUCCUCUCCCCCUCGAAAUCCUUUUUUCGUAAUUCUUUUGUAAAGUUUACAUACAUUUUUUAUAUUAAAACAAUUUAUUAUUGGUAAAACUAUUACUAGUAUAAAAUAUAUUGUUUUAUAUUAUUAUAUGUAUAGAGUAUGCAUCAUUAAUUGUAGAAAGGAGACAUCUCCAAUUUCUAAUGAAAUUGAGUUAUUACCUACCAGAUUAAUGUUUAUUUUUCUUGAAUGUGUACCUAAUUUUAUAUAUAUAAAAUGUUGUUUAAAAUAAACCGACAUAAAGUGUAUAAAUUAGUUUUAUUUUACAACUACUAAGUUUCGGCUUACGCCACCAUCAGGUUGCUGAUUAACAAUGUAAUUAAAUAGUUUACAUAAUACAACUUAAAAAAAGAACAAUGUGAUUUUUAAAACAAUAAUAAACUAUGCCGGUAUAAUAUCAUAUAAGUGUUCAUGAUAAAACAAUUAUAGGAGAGAAAUUUAAUUAAAUAAUGUUAUUACUAUUAUUAUCACCUUCAAGUUUAUGUAGAUAAGAAAAUAAAAUGCAAUUUUUAAAAUCUGCUAGAACAUUUAAUAAGUUAUUAAAAUUAUUGCUUUUUAUUUCAUUAUGAAUAUGGUAAAUUUCUAGCACUGAAUAAUUAAAUGUUUAUUUUUUUGUGGGCAUAUUGCUGUUAAAUCUUUUUUAAUGUUAUUUGUGAUGAUGUAGUUAAUAAUAACCAAAGCUGUAAAGCUGUAAUUUCAAUGUCCUUGGUAUUGUUUUUCAAAACUUGCUGUGCUAUGCUCGAUUUGUAAUAAAUUCCGCUCGUGAAAUUUUUGAUUAUUAAGUCAUUUUCUUAAUUUUUUAGUGCAUUUCAGGAUUUUGGGAUGCAAAAUUCGAAAUGUAUAAUUUAAAAUUUUAACACGCUAAGAUUUAUAUGGGUUCAACCAAAAUAUUUCGAAUUAGAUUAUCGGCCAUUUUUAUAGUACUAUGGUAACAUUAAAUCCCAGAUAACGAGUGGUUCGUUUUGUUAUAAAUUCAUUACAUGUUUUUAUUUUCGGAACGAUAGGGAGAAAUUUUAUUUACGGCGCAUUAAUAAGGGCAUUUUGUCUAUGGCAUAAAAUCAUAUACAUUUUUGAUGUUUUACGUGACUCUAGUUACAUUCCCGGCGCUAAUAAAAAUAAUCAUCGCGAUACACUUGCCCAACCUAACCGAACACAAUAUCGCUAAAAUACAGGUAACGCGAUUUGCACUAAUCAAUUGCGUUAUACGAAUUCACCGUCUGUGGCCGUUCAUAAACCCUCGUGCCAUAAUAAUAUGACCGACGACCGUGCAAUAAAAAUAAUAAUGCGCAUUGUGUGUACAAUAACACUAUAAUACGUAGACAGGAAACGCCAAAGUUUUAUGCGAAUUACCGUCUCGUCCUGUAUUUUGACGUUUAUUGUUAUCGCGAUCGUUAUUUAGUCUCGUUUGUGUUGUAUAAUAAUACACCGGUAAUUUUCCGGGCGCGACCGCGUCAUUUCGGGAUUCUGCGAAGGCUCCGGAUGAUUUUUAAACGUCGAUAAGUUUUUUUUUUCUAGAUCCGCAACCGUACAGUUAGUUUUCCCUCUCCGAUUGAAAGGUCUUCUAAGCAGUUUUCUAAAAAAAGUAUCAGACAACAACAAAAAAAAAAAACCACCCUUGAGCAGUAGAACUGUCAUUAGAGUCGGACUCCCCCAACCAAUUUGUCUUCGUAAUAACAUUUUUUUUUUUAAAUUUUUAUAUAAUUUAGUUUAAUUGAUCUGAAAUAGUUAUAGUUGUCAUUGCUAUGAAAGUUUUAUUACAUUUUAGUCUGUAUGGGCAAUUUAAAACUCGAUAUUUCAUGUGAAAGCAUGAAAUUUGAGCUACACGUUUGAGCUAUGGUCUAUAGUCUAUACUCAUUACCGGUAAUAAAUAUUUGUAUAUACGUACAGGAUUAGCUCUGAAAUAUGUAUCGGAAAAUUCAAUUUUUUGUUGGCCUCAUUUUUUUUGACUAGCAUUUAUAGCUAAAGCAGGGAUGGGGGCGAACACUAUCAUAAAAAAAUUAGUUAAUAGUGAAUUAUUAAGAAAAAUAAUAAUUUAUAUAGGAUGAAGGAAGUUAAUUUCAUUUAAGCUUAUGUUAUUUUUUAGUAAAAUCUAGAAGUUUUGUUUAGUAUUUUCUAAACCGAGAAAUUCACUACUUUUUAUAAUAAUAUAUAUUACACAUUUUAUUUUCAUUUUAAUUCCCAAACGUGGUAUCUUUUUAGGGAUAUCAAAUGUCCAAAUUGUGUGUGGAUUUUCAAUACCGAACAGGGAAAAAUGCUUAAUCGUGCUGCACCGGAAAUUUAUCUCAAUAGAUUUAUUUGGGAGAUCUAUAGGCCAAAGCUAAAAAAAACACCUUUCUCUAGCAAUACAAAUCUAAUCACUUCGAUCCACUGAUAAAACGGCUGCGUCCAAAUUAUGUCCCAAAUUCAAGUGGUUUUGAUGGGUGGUAUACUAGUUGGACCGCAACGAAUUCCGGGUACUAUAUGCUAGUUGGGUCCCGGCUUUCGGCAGGUUAUAUACUAAUUGAGUCCAAACGUUUACAAGAAAUAAAAAAAAAAAAUGUUUCAUAUCAUUUUUACAUACUUAGGAGUGUCAGUGAUUUGUAGUUUAAAAUAAAUUACAAGUAUGAUUAAAACAUUUUUGUUUUGCCAGAUGAAUUAGUAUUUUGGAAAACAUUCAGGGGGGUGUCGUAAAUUUCCAAAUUUCCUAUACACCUACAUAAAUUCUGAAGUAUUAAUAAAUAGUAAAUAAUAAUAUAUAAUGGUGAAAAUAAUCCCAAGAAGGGGGGAAUUCACUAAUCACCUCCUUCCCUGAUAUCCGACACCACGGUGUUUAAAGAAAUAUUUCGAAAAUAAUAUUUUAUCGUCAAAAACAACUAUAUAGGUACCCAAAUUUAAAUAUUUGUGUUGAACAUGACUUUUUUAUUUUAAUUAAAAUUAUUAACAAUAUUAUUUAACGAUUUAUAAUCGCGUUUCUUUUCGUGCGUAUUAUAAUUUUGUAUUUCUGUUUUACGCGUCGUACUAUGUACGGGACCGUCGUCGUCGUCGCUAGGUUAUAUUAUUAUUAUUAUUAUUAUUAUUGCCACGCCCUUUAGCCAGCAGACUGGCUGCUACGACUUUAUACGAAUUCCGCUAUGAAUAUUACCGAUUUAGUGGUGAUUUUAAUUUCGAAAAAGGCACAUCGAUACGCGAACACAGACGUUAAAAUUAAUGUUUUAUACCCAAUAACAUAUUAUUCCACUAUGCCGUUAGAUAUUAUACAGGUUAGGUUAUCAGUAAUACCUAUACAAAGUAUACGUCACACAAUAUUGUCCAAUACGGCCGACGCUACAUCAUAUCAUACCGUAGUUAUCCACCUACAAUAUUAUGUUGUCAUUUGCAACGCAUUACGCAAUCUUUAAUAUUAAAAUGAUUAAUGACUCUGGAGGUUUUCUUCCGUCGUACACAGACCUGCUGCAACACCAUCCGACCCCCCCCCUGGUAUUUACUGCGGUACCUAUAUUAUAUGUAAAAGGAGUAAAAAUAAAAAAAAAAAAUAAACGAGUAGUAUUUUUUUCUUCUUUUUUCCAUAUACAUUAAACACCGUCAAAAAUGAGAAAAUAAUUCGCUUUCCCGAAUUAUCAAGAACUCAAGGCUGUUUUUAUUUUUCGAGAAAAACCACUAUACUUUUAAAAUAUUACCUAUACACCCAGGCGUGUAGCGGGUUCUAUUUUUGUACCGAGAAAUCAUUAAAUAAUAGGACCCACUUAUAAACAUAAAUCAUACAAAUUCUUCAAGUACCAGCCUACUUUACUACUUACCCAAGAAAUCACAAAGCUACAAUAGGUAAUUUAAAGAAAUAGUAGUAAGACUAAAACGUGUAUAAAUUAAGGGUGUAUAUGAGAAUGGGUAAAUCGCGACCCGGGUAUAUUUUGUAUAGGUAUAUCACUAAAUAUUUUUUAUUCAUACGUAUAAAUUACGUCCAAGACUGUUUUUUUAAAACCAAUACUUUCCCACUUUUCAGACUUAGGACUGGAAACAGAAUUUUAUAUUAAUAUUGGUAUAAUUAAAAAUAUUGGUUUUGCUUUUUUUGUUUAUAAUUAAAAAAAAUGUAUUAUUAAAAUAAGAAAAUGGUAAAAAAGUGUAAGAUAAUUUAUUUUUUUUUUUUAAUUUAUUAAAAACGAACGUUAUGAAUAGCGAAAAGAAUAAAACGUUGAAAGUGAUUGAUGAAUUCAAAUUUCGUUUUAAAAAUUUGCUAAAAUAUUAAUACAAUAUUAUACGGCCAGUCUUCAGUCUGAAAAAUGGAAGGAAAAUAUUGAUUAGACAUAAUAUUUACAUAUUAAUAAAAAAAUAUUUAGGCAUAUUACAUUAUACAAAAUACACCUGGGCUUCAAUUUACAUAGUAUAUGACUAAGGCCUUUUUUGGGGGACGCAAUUUAUUGACUCCGUUGAGAAGGCCCCACCGGGAAAUUCCCGAUACCCUCGCGGUCCAGUAAGUGCCUGUAUGUAUCCAAACACUUUUUUAACGAAAAAAUACUGAACCUUAUUCAAUAAUAUAACAAACCUAAUCUUAAUAUUAUAUAUUUUACUGUACAGUAAUAUUACCACUGUCGACCACUCCUAUCGUGUAAUCAUAUAAUAUACCCGGAGACAGAGUUUUGUUCCGCUACAGAAUUUUGUAAAAAGUGAAUUUUAUAAUGAGUCUAAUGGGUAAUAGACUGGUUAUUUAAAUCAAAUACAAAAAUAAUGACGUAUUGUUCCUAAAAAAUUGUUUAAAUCCCGUUCAAACUGUCAAGGCUCUACAUUAAUGACUGUAGAGCCGAUAAUAUUUGCUAAGAAAAGCUUAGCAAAAUUAUUUACAAAUAGAUAGGUAAUUUUGAAUUUUAUUUAUAGGUAACACUAAUCACUAAUAAUAACUACAAACAUCAAGUUAUUGAAUAAGUAAUGAAUUAAUUUAGUGGGUUAUCUAAAUAAUAUAACAUAACAAACGUAAUCAUUAUUCGUAUAUAGGUAGGUACCUAUAUUAUGUAUUAGAAUCAUAUUUACAUAGAUUUAAUUAUAGUAAAUUAUAAUACAAAAUAAAAAAAAAUAAGAAAGUAGGUAGGUAAUUAAUAUGUAGAAUUGAGAAUUAACAGUUGCUGACUCAUAAUGAUAAUGUAGUAAGAAUCCAUAGAAUAUUUUUUGAUAAAAAUAAAAUAUAAUUGAUAAAAAUAUUAUUUAGGCUAGAGACACCUGCAAUGGCCGCACAAAGGUAGUUCUAUAAGUUUGAUAACACAUAGGUUUUUCAUUUUAAUAGGUGGGUGGGUGGCUAUAGAUUAUCUAGGAGGGCGUUAAUAAUUAAAUAGGAAGUUGAAUAGUACGAGUAGAAUCAGUAGGGUUAAGCUUUAUUUCUUUUGCAAAAGGUGAUUUAUUAAAUAAUAACUUUAUAUGGUAAAUGUAGUCACCUGUGUUUCUGUGUAUAUUAUUUAUAUACAAGGGGGUCAGAUCCAUCCCCCCCAUAGGAAUUAUUUUAAAAUAUAUAAAAUAGUGUCCUUUGUAAGACCGUUUUAUAGAAUGGUAAAAAAAUAAAAAAACGGUAAGGAUUAAAAUUAAUUUAUUAAUAACUAAGAAUACAAUUUAACCGACCGGCCGUGGUAAUUCCUAUCACUGCUGUAGAAGUAAUUGAUGAAUUGACUAAAAAAAAAAAAAGAAAUUUAAAUUUUGUAUUAUAAUUAUUUGUAGAAUUUUGAAAUAAAAUGUAUUAAACAUGUGUUUUAUUAUUUUAAUGUACAGGUACUUAGGUUUAGACAUUUUCCUUCCGUAAUAAUUUGUUUGAAACCCCCCCCCCAUACAAAAGUUAUGUAUACGCUACUGUAGGUAUCCACAAAUUUUCGUACAUCAGUAAAUCGGGUCAUUGACAAAUGAACCGUAAAAAGCUCACAAAGUUCAACCAAUUGCGUAACUGCAAUCAGUCUCGGUAAAAAAAAAAAGGUAAUCGCAUAAAGCCUAUAAAUAAUACAUAGAUAUAAUAUACAUUAUACGAAAAUGAUUUUCCUCGGAUUUCUUUUUCUUUACGCACACGUGACCCAUCCGCGUUUUGGCCACGAAGCAAUUGUAAUUGCUCCAAACAAUUCCCCAACCCGCCGCAAUAUGAGCAGGUACUUAUUGCAGAGUUACUUACUUCGGAAAUUGAAUUAUUACACGCCGACAGAGAUGCAAUUCCCUUUCCCCCCUCCCCCCAUUCCGUAUAACGUUACGCUACAUUAUUUCUAAGUCGACCCAUUGGGUUUUGAUAGCAAAACAUGGUAUAACGUAAUAAUAAUAAAUUAUGUUUAACGGAUUUCCUCUAAACGUUGUUUUGCCUCGCCGUCCGUAGUUUUCGGGUCGUGUGUGCAAAUAGGUGCGUGUUUAUAUAUACGUUGUGCGUAUAAUAAAUACGGUUGGCCACGUGCCGAAAUAUUAUCGCGACGUCGUCGGGAUGUGGAAGUUUUAUAAGUUUUACACGGAGAUCGGUCCGGUACAAUGCCGCUAAAGUUCGAUUUUACUCCGUAUGCCAUGCGAUUAUAUAUACAAGUUCUAUCAAAUGGGUACCUAUAGGAUACUGCAAACAUUGUUCACGUUACGCAGUAAACCGGGUGUGUUUAUCGAUUAUAUUAGCGGAACCAUGGCCGUGAGCAAAACGGCGCGCGGGAGACGAAAGUUUUCGGUUCCAUUUAUUUUUCGCCCCCGCAGGAAAAAUAAUACCGCCGGGGCAAAAUGUUGUUUGCACAAUUUGUUAUUCAAGGUAGGUAAGGAAACUUCUAUACGUUUUGUACUUUUGUGUUUACUUGCCCGAAAGUCGUCUACCAAUAUUAAUGGACGAACGUUGGGUAGAUGGGCCGUAGGUAUAGGUAUUCUGCAGGUAUACUAUCUAGACGUACUAUAUUAUAUCUAUACGUUCGCCCGACAAAGUUAUUUCCAUUAAAAAGUAACAACAAAAAAUACUCAUACGCAUACCUAUAUGGCUAUAUCGUCUAUAACACUAGAUUAUAGACGAUACAGCCGAUGUAGGUUAGAUUAGGUAGGUUUAAUACUGUUAUGGUUGUUGUAUGUUUAAUGAGGUUUUUACCAAGAUAAAAAUAUUAUCACCUACCUCCUUAUUACAUAUAUAGUUUUUCUUUAUCGGUACUUUAAGUUGAACAAAUCGAAAAUUUCAAACAGUUUUAAAUAACUAAAAAUAAGAACUAAAAUAUUUUGGAAAUUAUAACAGGUACCUAAAUCUCUUCUACUCGAAUAACGCAUAAAAUUUAAAAAAAUGAAUUUAAGAAAAUAGCCAUAUUAUCAAUGGUUACACCUACUUGAUCGACACACUGACAAUAUCCAAAAUACCUCGUAGAGACCUACCAUUUUUUGUUUAAUGCAAGUUUUCUAGUUGAAACAGUCUACACACAAACAAAUGUUUAAAUGAGGUACCUAGGUACUUAAUAAACAAAUGAAAUUAGCAGUACCUAUUCCCUAAUAUUUGUGUUCACGAUAAAUUUAAUAUCAAUACGUUUUCUGUUACAUUUAAAUACUUAAUUUAACAGAAACGUUUCAAUUUAUAAUAAAUAAUAGUCUCCUGCUGAUUCAUAACCAGAGGCCGGAUUUUUACGUUCUUAAAAUCUACAAAAAAGUGAUUGAAAACUUCAAAAAGCCUUGAUAAAAUCAUUUAACAAAUACAUAAAAACACAAAAGUAAUAGAGGUUUAAUAGUUCCCUCUCUAACGGAUUUAAUUUCUAAAUACAAUUUUCUACCACAAAAAUGAUUAGUAAAAUUUAAUUUUAGAUUCUAAAUGGAGCGAAGAAACUUAGAUUUUACAAAGAUUUUUUCUGUGGACAACAUUUCUAUCAAAGGACUUACUCCGAUUUUUACGUGUAACAACUUUUCUGAAAGGAAAUUAGUGUGGGGAGGUAUCUUAGAGAGGUCAAAAAAGAAAGUCCGAUGAUUUGGGAAAUUUGACCACAUCUAGAUAAGUCCAAUAUAAGUAUUAUUACCAAGUUUCAAGUCUCUACGUGUAUUUAUAAGCUCAAAAGUGGCUCAAAAGUUUUGGCCAUGAUACCGUUAGAAAGUAAAUCAAAAGGCAACAAAAAAGGUGUCUUGUGAUUUUUCGAUGAAAUCAUUUUUCCUGUAGAAAACGUCAUCCGUGUUUUUACAAAAUAAUGAAAUCGUGAAAUUGUAAGUUUUCCUACGUUUUUUUCCCACUUGAGUGCUUUUAUUUCAAAAAUGGCGUCGAAAAUCAAAAAAUGACCUCUCUAGAAUACAAUUUCGAUAAAUUGAUCUUUUAGAAAAAGUGCUACGCGUAAAAGUCGGAGUAAGUUUACUAGGAAAAACGUGUCCAUAGACUAGAAGAAAUAAAAAAAAAAUAAACAUCUUAGUAAAACCAAUAGCUCCAUCGCUACGCUUGGAAUAUAAAAUUUAUAAUACCAGUACAUUAUCAUGUGAAUACCUACCUAGUAAAUAGGUAAUGUAUACAUUAUUUUGUAUAUAUUAAUAAAAACCUGAUUUAUAACAUAAAAAAGUAACUUUUAUUUAUAUGGUAUGAAUCAAUCCAUUCCUAUUAUCAUUAUGAUUAGAGGAUAUCACCGAUUGUCACAUCAAAUAUGUAAAUUUCAAUUAGAAAAAAACAAACUGUCAUCUAGUACAAGGGAUUUAAUUUAAAGUUACGUUUUAAUUUAUAGAUUUAAGUAGGUAACUAUGGAAGCCUAUAGUUCAUGUGCAACAUUUCAUAUAACAUAUUAUGAUUUUGAUAUAGCUCCGAUAGUAGGAAUAACAAGUAAAGGAACUAUUUAUUUAUUGUUACAUACAAUUUUUAAAGUACUAUAAUUAUAUCCCCAUCAUGCAUGAAAGGUUAUGACAGUCAUUGAAAUUUUUAAAAUGAUUAGUAUUAAAUUCAAAUGCUACAAAUCUUAAUGGCGAAAACUUUUUUUACAAAUACAUUUUAAUGAAACUAAACAUUUUAACUUAAGUUUUAUUUCAUUAUCAACAUUGAAAUAAUCAUUAAUAUGUACAAAAGAUGGGCUCAGAUUUAUAGAUAGAUUAAAGAUUAAAUAACUUAAAGAUUAAAUAAUUUAAUGUCAAUUGCACUCAUAUGACAAGUUUUUGGUUAAUUAGAUAUUAUACCCUUGAGUUUUAUCACCUUACUAAUACACAAUAUAGCAAAACUAUGUUAUUAAAACACAAAUGGUGAAAUUUUAAAAUUGCAGUUUAUUCAUAAGUAAUAAAAUUUAAAGCAAUUUAAAAAAUGCUAAAACUAACAUUUUUGUUACUUUUUUUUAGAUACAGUUUACGUGCAGUCUUAGAAAAUAUUCACCUCAUUAAAUGUUAUUAUGUUUAAACUUCAAUUUCAACCUAAAUACAAUAAUUUACAUUCAAAGUCUAGGAGAAAAAACAUUACAUGCAGACAAACGGAUUUGGCCUUUUAUAUAAUACCUAUAUUAUGUUUUUUAUAUUGGUGAAACCAUUUUAAUAUCUGUGUAUAGUUAUUUAUUAUUAAAUUUUUAAUUAAUAAAAGCCUGUAAAACUUUGGAGUAUUUUUAACUAUUUACAAAACUGUUUUUAAGAAAAAAAUAUUUCAUUGUUUUAAGUUUUUUUAUUAAAUACUAUGUAUAAAUUAUAUGAUAUAUAUUAAAUAUAUUAAAAUGUUGGCAGGUAAUCGAAGAAACAAAAGGCGCUUCUGAGCUGCCUUCGAUACCAAUCAUGUUGGUGGGUAACAAAUGUGAUGAAAAUGACACUCGGGAAGUGUCAGCUGAAGAGGGUAAUGCUGAGGCUCGACGAUGGGGCUGUCAUUUCAUGGAAACAUCAGCCAAGACCAACCAUAAUGUCAAGGAGCUGUUUCAGGAACUGCUCAAUCUGGAAAAGAAUAGGAACAUAUCGCUACAACCCGAAAAGAAAUCCAUGCGUGGCCGUAAGAUAAGAGAGAAGUGUGCGCUCAUGUAGUAAUACAAUAAUCAGGCACGCUCAUCGAAUACGAGACAUAGUUUUACAUUCGUAUUAUUUAUAUCGUAAAUUUUACUUUCGUUUUGUUAAGUCACAGAACAUUGGGAUUAAUAUAAAACAUCACAGUAUAAACUAAAUAUUUAAUUUUGUUUUAGUGAGACUGAUAAACGCUGACAACACCAAUUUAUUUAGAUGAAAAUUUAUUUAAUUUUAAUUAAUAAAUUUAUUCAAUUUAGAUGUUAUACUUAUAUGGAUAUGUGCCAGAAAAACUGGAUCAAAAGAUAUUUUAGCAUCGAAACAAUACGAGGAAAAUUUGUAGAAAAAAAAAAAAAAAAAAAAAAAGUAUACAUUUGACAAAAUAGUCAAGUUAGUUUUAAAUAAUAAAUUAAUGUAGAUUCUCAUUAUAAAUUAAAAUACUUUUGUAAUAAAUUAUUUGGAUAGUUUAUGUUUUUGAUCAUAUUAAUAGAUUAUGAUUAUAGAAAUAUACAUAUGCAUGUAUUUCAAAUGAAAUAAAAUACAGAUUUAAAUAUUGAUAAGGAGCUAAAAUAUCUUAGAAUGAUUAGGUUUUUCUGACAUAUAUAUAAAAUUUUGUAUACGGCUAGCAAAGAAUUAGUGAGCGUAGUUUAUAGUAAUUUGUAAAAUUUAUUUAAUUUUGUAUAUAAAUUUUACUAUAUCAGUUGACAUGGUUCAGUAUGACAGGGAAUACAGGUGCUGUGAAUAAUUUGUAGCAUUAUAGUGUUCACAGUGCUGAAAAAAUACAAAAUAAAAUCAAACAUUUGUUUGUGUUAUUAUAUAUCUGAUUGGUGCAGUCAACAUUUACAAUUAACUUUAUUAAUAUGAUUUAUAUUUAUAAUAUUCAUUGUUUAUAUGUAAUGUUCAGCGUACUAUGGUUCUUUUUUUAUUACAAUUUAUUUCCUGUAACAAGUGUUAUAUAUGGUUAUAUAGCAAACCAAAUUUUCCUGUGUAUAGUGCUCAUAAUGUACCACGGAAACUUUCACCAUAUUGUCUUUAUUUUCUAACAAACUUCUAGACAAUUCAUAUUGCUUUUCUUUUUAAAGAUAAGAAUUAUAUAUUGUAUGUUGCACUGUGUAAAUAAUAUUUUAUUAAACAAUGUAGUUACCUAGUCAAUAAUAUUAUAAUUAUAUUUUUAAAUAAAUGACAUUUGGUAACCUUUGUUUUUUAGGUAAAUAUUAUUAUAAUAAUAUGUUAUUAUUUUUUACAGCUUUAUAUGGUUUAUUUGUUAUUAUAGUUAAAUAAGUAUAUUGUCGAUUAAUUUAAAAAAAAUUGGAAGUAAAUUUUGUAAACCACUAAAACAAAAACGUUUAGUUCCUGAAAAUAAUUUUCUUUAAGUUAUAAGUUUUCUUUUAUCAAUAUUAAUUUUACGCUCACAAUUGUAUUGUUUUUAUAUUUUCACUUAUGUAUUAUUAUUAUUAUUAUCAUAUAAUAGUUUGUAGAUUUUGUUAAUUUAUAAUGAUAAUCUUAACAAUGUAUAAUUGAGUAAUUUUUUAAUUUUUACAUAUUAUAUUAUUAAUUAAAUAGGCUAAUUAUAAGUUAGCUGAAAUAUUAUACUUACAGAUGGGAACAUGAAUAUUAUAUAUUUGUUUAUAAUUAGGUGAUGCAUACUUUUUUGGUUCUUUAGAGAAUGUAAAAAAAAAGUUUUGUUGUAAUAUUAGCCUAAUGCUCAAUAAGAAUUUAUUUAUAAAAGUAAAAAAUAUUUUUUUUCUCAGUAUUUAUUGUCCGAUUAACGAUAUUACUAAUUAUUAUUUAGAAACUAAUAUAAGAGCUUUUAACUUGAUGUUCAGUCGAUGUUCAGUACAUAUGUAAUAAUAUUGAAUGUUGGAGUGCUCACGUGUGAAAUUGUUAUUGGCAACCCCUCCCAAAAAAAAAUUAAUUAAAAUAUACAUGUACAAUAAAAGAUACAGUAUAACAAAGAUUUUUUUAAAUUGUAUACCUAUUAUUCAAUACAGUCAACCAAUUCUUUACAUUUUACAAUUGAUUUUUAGAAAAUAUAUCUUAAUCUCAUAUUCAAAUAUCUUUUUUUUUUUAUUUAAUAUAGUAAUAAAAAGAAAAAAGGUAAAUCAUUAAAAUAAAUACUUCUGAUAUGAUCUGAAACAUUUCUGAUCAUAUUUUUGAUGAUUUCACCUAAAUUAUUCAUCCAUUGCUUGUAAACGGUGGCGCGUGAUGUUGGCAAUAUCAUAGCAAGCCUCUGCAGUUAAUAAAUCUGAUACCUACAAAAAUAAAUACCCAUGGAUAAUAAAU